AAGGAUCUGAUCUGAGUGCGCGCGCGUCCGCGGGUCUGAUGAUGAGAGUGCGCGCGCGCGCGCUCGUACGUGUAUCUGCUCGUCUCUGGAGAUGCGCGUGGAUGCUGUGGUUGAUUUGUCAGUCUGAGGAAACGUAAAGAAACGCGUUGAUGAGGAGAAACGACGCGGAUUCAUGAUGGAGGGAAUAAACGAUCCGAGGAGAAGAAGAAGAAGAACCAGCUUCAGACUCUGAGCUUUGAUCCGACGCAGAGAGGCAGAUGGUGUACUUCCUGUCCAUGGAGGGCGUAAAGCCUUCGUUCCACUCCGCCGUCCUCUUCAACUACUCCGACAGGAACGAUUCCUUCACGCCGCCGUCCGGAUCGCCAGCGCCGCUCAUCUGUCGUCUGGACGCCUCCUCGUCCGCCGCCUCCCUCCAGAGCAACGGCUCGCUGACCUCGUACGACCUGACCCCGGCGGAGGUCACGCUCCUCGGGCUCGUCUUCGGGGUGUUCUGGGUCAUAUCGGUUCUGGGAAACUCGCUGGUGUGUCUGGUGAUCCAUCGGAGCCGCAGAACUCAGUCGACGACCAACUACUUUGUGGUGUCCAUGGCGUGCGCGGACCUGCUGCUGAGUCUGGCCUGCGCGCCGCUGGUUCUGCUGCAGGUGUCGGCGGGUCACUGGCCUCUGACCGCGGCCGCGUGUAAGGCCGUGCGCUACCUGCAGCAUCUGUGCCCCGGCGUCCAGGUCUACGUGCUUCUGUCCAUCUGCGUGGACCGGUUCUACACCAUCGUGUACCCGCUGAGCUUUAAAGUGUCCCGCGAGAAGGCCAAGCGGAUGAUUUUGGCGUCCUGGCUCUUCGACGCGGCCUUCGUGUCGCCGUGCUUGUUCUUCUACGGAUCCUCCACGUCUCGAAACCACUGCGACUUCUUCCUGGCGGACAGCUGGGACGGGUUGGCGUACGCGGUCGCGCACUUGCUCUUCGGGUUUUUGGUGCCGGCGCUGCUCAUCGUGUCCUUCUACCAGCGGGUGGUGCGGUACAUCUGGAGGAUCGGCGCCGACGGGCGAACGGUGCGCAGGACCAUGAACAUCGUCCCCAGGACUAAAGUCAAAACCAUAAAGAUGUUCCUGAUGCUCAACGGCAUGUUUCUGCUCACCUGGACGCCGUUUUACGUAGCACAGCUGUGGCACCCGAAGGAGGCGUCGGGCUCCGGCAGACAGGGGGCGCUGUUCUUCAUCGCCGUGGCUUGGAUCUCCUUCAGCUCCACGGCGUCCAAACCCACGCUCUACUCCGUGUACAACGCCAACUUCAGGCGCGGCAUGAGAGAGACGUUCUGCAUGUCGUCCAUGAAGUGUUACCGCAGUAACGCCUACACCAUCACCGCCAGCUCGCGGAUUGCGAAAAAGAACUACGUGGGCGUGGUCGAUCUGCCCGUGCCGGCAAAGACCCUCAUCAAAGACUCGGUUUACGACACUUUUGACCGAGAAGCAAAGGAGAAGAAGUUAGCAUGGCCUAUUAGCGCUAACCCACCCAACACUUUUGUAUAAAGGCUCGCGGUUGACGUAAAGCAACGGUUCACUCAGAAAUGAACGUCGUCAUAAACCCAGUGCUGUUUCUCAAAAAGCCUGUCGAACGACAUCCUAACUAACAAAACUAUAUCCUAAGAACGUCUAAAAAUCAUACGUUUUAAAAAAACGUUAUGCGAACGUUAAGGAAACAUUCCAUUUUAUUAUUCUUCAGACAUUUUGGAAACGUUCAACUAAAAUGUUUCAGAUAAAAAUGUUACUUUUUGAGAACACUAUUAAAGACCAGAUAACUUUAAACGAAUGUUAGAUUAACGUUGCUCGUAACGUUGAGAGAACCUUGUCAGAACGUUCUGAGAAUGUUUCCUGUCAGCUGGGGUGCGAGUGAGUAAAACAAAAACACAUUUGGAGUGAACUGUUGCUUUAACGGCACCACGAUCACUGGAGGUGCGAUCACAGCGAUAUUUCAGGCGAAAAAUGGUACGUCUCGUCGAAAGUCAAAACAAGCCGCUUUCUGUCGGUCAGCACAGCGGAUUCGAUUAAAACAUUAGCGAAACUAUUCCCGUUGGAAUAUCUGGAUUUCGUCUGGGAAAUCAGCAGUAAAUGUGAACGCACCUUAAUUAAAACUAAAUCUGUUGAAAUGCAAAAACGUGGUGCUAACUGUGAGUUCUACAAACCGCUGACUGACCAAUGAAAGGCAGCGUUUGACGGUCACGUGUUCUUCUGUUUGUGUUUCUGGUCAGUCUGUGAUCCUACGGGAUUCGUGUUAAUCUUCGGAAGAUGCGUUUGUGUUUUUUGUGCCUGUAGUUACAGAUAAUCUUUGUCUCAUAGUUUUGUGUGUCGUUUCAUGAUGCAGGACAGACGUGUCCCUGUGAUUUUACAAUUAAACGUUCUGUACGAUUCAAACGAAA